GCGUCGCUCUCGGACCCGCCGCCGGAGGUCGCUCCGGCGGCCCCGCCGGUGGCCGGCUUGGCCGCGGCCCGGCCGCGCGCCGCCGUCUUCGCCCGCGUGCCCGACUUGGCUGCCGUCUUGCCGGCCGACUUGGCCGCGCGCCUCCAGCUCGGCCACCCGCUCGGCCAGGGCCUCCUGCUCGGCGCGCGCCGUCUCGGCCAGGGUGCGGGUCACCUCGUAGUCCUCGCGGGUGACCAGGUCCAUGUCGGCCAGGAUGCGCUCGAACUGCCGGCGGAGCUGCGCCUCGGCCUCGUGCCGCACGCCGGCGGCCACGCCCAGCGCGCUGCUGGCCAGCCGGGCCAGGUCGUCGAUCACUUUGCUCUGGGUCUGCAUCGCCCCGCUCACUCCCGUGCUGUGGCGGCCCUCCGGGGGCCGGCGUCGCUUUGUGCGAAAGGUGCGCCCGCCGGCUCUGGCGAUCAAGAGCGCAAGGCGUUACAAGGCGGCCCCAUGAUCCUGGUCACCGGCGGCGCCGGCUUCAUCGGUUCGAAUCUCGUCGGCGCGCUCGCGGCGCGCGGCGAGCGCGUGGUCGUGGCGGACUGGCUGGGCCGGCCCAGCGACGGCCACGAGAAGUGGCGCAACCUCGCCAAGGCGGAACUGGAGGCCAUCGUGCCGCCGGAGGAGCUGCUGGCGGCGCUCGAGCUGGGCGAGUUCACGCCCGACGCGGUCUUCCACAUGGGCGCGGUCUCGGCGACCACCGAGACCGACGGCGAUCUCUUGGCGCAGACCAACAUCACCCUGUCGCAGCGGCUGUGGCGCUGGUGCUGCGAGACGCGGGUGCCCUUCAUCUACGCCUCCUCGGCG